GUCGAUUGGUCUGUCUUCCUCUAUCUGGAUCCGAUCGGCAUUUCGGGCCGCGACUCCCGACGCCUGGAGUUGAGCUGGCGGGAGAUGGAAGGGGCUGGCGCUCGCAGCUGAGCUGGGGGCACUUGGCGGCCUCGGCGGGGCCGGAGCGGGUAGCAAGGGCUGCCUCCCCUCCUCCUUCGGCGGCUGCAGCCAUGGAGGACUCGGUGGCGAAAGUGCUCAGCUGUGAGGAGAAAGAGAAGUUGAAGGAAAAGCUGGCAUUCUUAAAAAGAGAGUACAGCAAGACAUUGGCUCGAUUGCAGCGGGCUCAAAGAGCUGAGAAGGCAAAAAAUUCUUCAAAGAUUGAACAGAGUUGUAUGCUUAAACAGGAAACCUCAAAACAAGCAAACUCAGAGCCAGAAGAUAAAUUCUCUCCUGAUGAUAAAUUAGAAACAGAUACACUACAAAUCGAUGCCUGUCUUGAUGCAGAAAUCAAGGAGAAAACAGCAGUCACACUUGACUUUGAGUCUGAGUUAUUGAGCACUGGUAAUGACUCAUCAGGAGUAUGUCCUGAACAUGUAGGUGAUAACUGCCAGAAGAAUUUUUUUAAUAACAUCACUGAACCAGAUAAUGAGAAAAAGCAAAAUAAACAACCACUGAAUAGAAUGAAGAACCGAAAAAAGAUACUGGUAUCAAAAGGAAGUGAAUCUUUCUUUGUCUCUAAUUCACUUAUAAAUUCUGGACAAAGACAGCAAAAACAAAGAUUUGCUAUAGAAAAUCCUGAGUUGCCUGUGUUUCACAUAAGAAAUCAGUUUUCAUGUGGUGAAAAUGAAAUGCAGAAUUCUCCAAGAUCAACCACAGAAAUCAGUGAAUGUCUUGUUGCUCCAGCUACUGAACUUGAAAAUGAUGCCAGUGGAAUUUUGAAAGAUCUUCCUCGGAUAGCUGCUCUUUCUUUACAUAAUCCUUUGGAUGACAGUAACAUUCAGCAGCUUGGGUGUGUUUCUUCUGAAAAAAUCUGUGAUAACUAUAAACUGGCUACUCAGUGUUCAAUGAACCUUACUCAUAUUUCACCUAAAAAAUUAGAGGAAGGAAGACAAGAAUAUGUUAUCUCUCCAGGUGACCAAAUGGUAAAUGAUGAUAUCAAUGUGGAUAAGAUGUCAAACAUUCUCAUCUUGCCAUCGGAUGACAAGUCAUUUUCUGCAGAUGAGCUUAAUUAUUCAUUAUGUAAAAACACACAUAUCGAUGAACAGAAUCAUAGCUUGAAGCCUUUUGAAUCUUUCAGUAACUUACUUAAUAAUAGAGAUGAAAAUCUUCAAAAGAAAGAGGUCCUCAGUGAGAAUGUGAGUCCUUCCAUAGAAAUGAUCUCUCCUGGUCCUUCAGAAAAUCCUUUAAAUUCUUGUACAGUGUUUGAUGGUCUUCCUUUUCCUGUGGAAUAUUAUGUUAGGACAACACGACAAAUGUCAAAUUGUCAGAGGACGAUAAACCUGGAAGCUGUAAUUCAGAAUCAAUUAGGUGUAAAAAGAAAAGGAUUUAAGCAUAAACGUAAACCGGUUAUGAAAAACUUGGAUCUGUCCUCCCAAGAGCAAAGUGAAUUUCCAUUAUCUGACCAAGGGAGUUCAAGUAGUCCUUUACAAAAGUCUUUCUCAUCAACUCCUGAAGGCAGCCCUAGUGCUUUGCCUAAUAAAGACAAUGAUUUUGCUCUGAACACUUGUAAAAGACGAUCAAGUAGAAGACAGAGAGGGAAAAGAUUCUUUUACAAAAAAGUAGAUGAUCCAGACUCUGAACUGCAAGUUGCUGAUAAGCUGAGUAUUAAAACUCCCAAGAAAGAUGUUGCUUUGUGCAAAGAGAUUCCAAAGAAAAAAGAACAUGCUCAGGAUCAAAAAAAAGUCACAGGAAAAUCAAGGUGUACCCUUGUUAAUGUUGACAGAAAAGCACCUACAUCAACAACAAAAGGGAAACUAGAUUAUAUUCAAAAUAAGAAUCUUCAUUCUUCUAUUGGUAAUGACUCCUUGAUUUUGGAUGAUACCAGUUUUGAUCUUUCAUUUCAUCUUAAGAAUGAGAUACUUAGUUUUGAGAAGUUGUCCGCAGGAAGCAACAGCAUCACUGACUUUGAUUUGCCUGAUGAGGAGUUUGGUUUUCUUAAACUUGAGAAAUUAAAGUCUUACUCAGCAAAAGAAGUGGAACCCUUUGAAUCAGGAGAUGGAAAAAAGUGUAAUGAAGAAAACUGUAUUUCUUUGGAGCCACUGGUGCCUAAAAAACAAGUUACAGAAAAGGAGAAUUUAGCGAAUGAUAUUACUGUAACAAGAAACUCACAUCCAAAAAAACCAAAGAGUAUUCCUCCAAAUAUGUUACUUUUCACACCUUCUAGUACUAACCUGCCUGCCACAAAUAACCAGCUUGAAGCAGAUAUGUGUUCUCCUGUUUUCCCUAUCCUAGGUCCUACUCCAGUCUUUGGCUCCCAAGUUCACAGUGGAAGUAUGGCUACAGAAAUUACUGCACCUACUUUUUGUACAUCUAAACAUAUUUACUUGAAAGAACCAGACAGUCUUACAGGAGAUAAUCAGUGUAAUAAUUCACCUAAUACGUUGAAAUUGGAUGCUAACAUACAUGCAUUAGAUAGGGAAAUAAAAAAACAGCCUGACCAAAUAGUAUCUUGUGAAAAGAAAUUUGAUAGUGACUGUGGUUCUCAAGAAACUCUUCCAUCUGUUGAUUCAAUCACUUUCAAAGAAAGACUAUUAUUGGGAAGCACUUUCCAGACUAAGGUAAGAGGAGAUCCUGUUGAAAUUUGGCAUGAUACUUUGGAACUGGGCAACCUACAGCUGGUAUCAAAGUUAAAGAAUCCUUCAAAUUCCUGUUCUGUGGAUGUGAGUACUGUGUGGUGGGAAGUAACUGGCUGUAAGGAAUCAUGUAUCAUAACUGCCUGUGAAUUUACAGUUUCUCUCUGGAAAUUUCUGGAUAACUGGCAGUGGAGAAAAGUUCACACAUGGCACUUCACAGAGAUUCCAGUACUACAAAUUAUUCCACUUUGGGAUGCUUGUAAUCUUGUGUGUGUUGCUUUGGGACAUCUAGAAAUUAGAGAAAUCAGAUUAUUAUUUUCUUCUGCUGAGGAUGAAUGCUUAAAGCAGUCACUUGUAAAAUCUGGAAAUAUAAAAGCAGUGCUUGGACUUAGACACAAAAGACUAGUCUGUAGCAAUGGGACCCUUCAUGAUCACCAAGUAGACCUCAUGACCUUUUCAGGAUCUGGAAGAAGUAAAGAAAAACAAACUUUGAUGUCUCCAGAAGAAACCAUCUUGGCUUUUGCUGAAGUUCAAGGAAUGCAAGAUGCUUUGCUUGGCACCACCCUGAUGAGCAAUAUUGUUAUCUGGAACUUAAAAACUGGUCAACUUCUGAAAAAGAUGCAAAUUGGUAAUGCCUACCAAGCUUCAAUCUGUCACAAAGCCUAUUCUGAUAUGGGGCUCCUGUUUGUUGUUUUAAGUCAUCCUCAUGGCAAAGAAAUUGAAUCAAUGGGAAAUCCUAUAUUUCGGUUGAUUGUGAUUAAUCCUAAAACGGCUCUAAGUGUUGAUGUAAGGCCCUACUCACUUCCCCAAGGCCAUACUGGAAGGUUUCUGGAUGGGGACGUGAAGGAUAAUUUAGCAGCAGCUGUAUUAACUUCUGGAACAAUAGCUGUUUGGGACUUGUUUCUAGGACAUUGUAGAGCUCUGCUUUUGCCCAAUUCUGAUGGAAAUUGGUCUUUUGUUAAAUGGUCAGGUACAGAUUCUUGUCUACUAGCUGGACAGAAAAAUGGAAGUGUGUUUGUGUAUAGCUCCAUGUGACUUAGACCAACAGGAAAUCAAAUGGAUUCGUGGACAUGUUUGAAUGCCUUCAAUACUUCUGGGAUUGUGAUUCAAAAGGAAACUAACUGUCAUCAUUUUGAAGCAAAUCAAGUAUUUUUCCACCUGAUAACUUCUACCCAAAAAAUUAAGGUUGUUUCAUUUUAAUUUGCUUAUUCAGAAGUUUACUUUUGGUUCUGGGGAGUAUGCUGACUUUGAAUGUUUCAUUAAAUACUGGGUUUUUAAAAGUUGUAUAAUUUGGUUAAUAUUUUUCUUGAUUCCACAUUUGCACUGAAAUGGACAAUCUAGUUGAUAAGUUAAACUUGAAGUACUAAUAAAUUUUAGUUUUGUAAUA